AUGAUCGCUCCAGCGUCCCUCACCCGCCGCGACAGCCACUCCGCGCUGCCGUCCACCUUCGCCGGGCCACAAUUCGCAGUCGCUCGGGAGCGCAGUCGCAGACGCCUAGCAGCCAGGCCCGCCCCGCCCGCGCCGACCCCAGCUGCUGCUUCCCCGCCGUAUGCGCGUCCUUCUCCAUUCGCGACGCAAGAUGCCGAUGCCGAAACCGCCGUCAUGAUGGAGGAGAAAGAGACAACCACCAAUCCCGCCCCCCUGCCGGACGCGACAACCAUGGAAGACACACAAGGCGAGCCUGCCGUUCCCGACGCCCAGCCCGACACCCAAGCUCCGCCGCCCGCCGCCGAUUCGACCCUGCCACCGCCUGCGCCUGCCGCCGAAGGCGCCAGUGACGACCUUGCAGCAGCCAGCGCUGAGGCCGAUGGGGAAGUGGCGCAGGAUGAAAGCUCACAUGGCGCACAAACUCAAGCGCCCGAAGAAAAGCAAACAACCCAGCCAGCCACCACAAAGCCCGACGACACGCCUGUGCCUACUGAGAUAGCUACCCGAGAUCAGCUCAUCGCCUUCUUUGACGGUCCCCCGCAGCCUCCAGAGGGUGCGACCCAGGACAACAGCAUUGUGCCUAAUGUUGCAAACUUGCCUGAUCCCUUCGUCUCCGGCCCUCAAGACCUGAACAGUGCGGCGGCACAGGACGUCUUCCUGAUGGGCGCCCCGAAUGAGCAGGACUACCUCGACAGCAUGGAUGUUCAACCAUCCGAUGCGUUGGCAAUUCCUCCAGACAUGCUCGCCUCUACUCUUCUGUCGUCAAAUCCAGCUCUUCAAAUCGAAGACAGCCGCCAGUGUGCCUUUGCCAAGCUCGAGUUCCCCGAUGGAGAUUUCUACAUGACAACAUACUCGGUGGAGCUUGGCCGAGACACUCGUGCGUUCCGGCAGGAGAUGCGGAAGCGUAAUCAGGAAGAGCCCCCGGAGCAACAAGCGGCUGGCAAUGGCGGAGAAGGCCCGCAGACACCCAUGAGGCCUGCUGCUCCCAGUGUAGCAAGUGUCUGUCGCAGCAACCUCAGCGAGUGCGGUGGUAUCAUGGGAGGAGAGGACUAUCAUGUUAAUGUCGCACCCUUGAAGCGGAAAAGGAAGAAGAAAGAAGCAAAAUCGGCCAGCUCGUCCUCGCAACGCAUUUCCCGGAAGAGUUCCAUUGCUGGCAGCAAUGCCUUCGAACCGGUAGAUUACAACGAACUUGUUUACCAAUCCCACCCCGACUCCUCUUCCUUCCUUCCAGACCCUCACGAGGUUCCUUUGGUACCCAUUCACCCACCCACGUCCGACAGCGGUCCGGUUGGCCACAAGGGCAUCUCCAGAAAGCAUCUCAAGAUUUACUAUAGCUUUGACAGCCAGGUUUUCGAAAUGAAGGUGCUUGGCAGGAAUGGUGCUUUCUUGAACGAGGUUCACUACAUGCCGGAACACGAUGCCGUUGAGCUCCACGAUGGAGAUAAGAUCCAGAUCGGUGCCGUCACCAUGAUGUUCCGGCUACCAAACGCUCCCGUCGAUGAUGAAGACGUUCGCUCAGACAGCUCAGACAGCAUUAGCGGGGGAAUCAGCCUCAACUUCGAAGACGGCCGAGGCCAGAGUAUCAUUCCCGAUGACGAUGAGAGCGAUGACGAUGGCUUCAGCUAUGCCGAACAAUAUGACUUUAGCCCACACGCCUAUGGCUGGGAUUCCGAGGAAGAGGAGUUUUCUGCUGAUGACGACGCUGAAGAUGAAUAUCGCGAGCAUGAGAAUCUGCCAAAGGUGAAGCUCAAGUUGAAGCUCAAGCAGCCAUCCCAGCAAACGCCGGCCAAGCAAUCGAAGGCAGAAGCUCGCCUCAAGAAAAAGAAGAAGAAGAAGGAGAAGGAGAUUGAGAAGCUCAAAGCUAAGCGAGCAGCGAAAGCGAAGGCCGCAGGGAAGACGGCCCCGAAAGUUGAAAACGAUGGUGCAGCCGACGAUGUUGGGAAGGACAAGGUUAAAGAGAAAGAAAAGGAGAAGGAGAGGGAGAGGGAGAAAGAGAAAGAAAAGAAGGAGAAGAAGGAGAAGAAGGAGAAAGUUGCAUCGAAAACCGCUUCAAAGACGACUUCGAAAGCACCCUCCAAAGCUCCCUCGAAAGCACCUUCGAAGACGGUUGCCCAACCCAAAGAGAAGGGUGAAUCUACAUCGCAAGUCAGCAUUGUCCCUCCUGAAGAUGUGCCACAGCCGAGUACCGAGAUACCGCAACCUGAGAUCAAGACGGAGGACGGCAAGGACAAAGAAGAGAAGAAGUCCGAAGCGCAGGCGAACAAGGACAGUAGUGGCAGGCGUGUCCUCACGGCUGAAGAAGCCGAGAGGCUUGGUCUGGAGCCUGGCACGGUGAUCGAGAGGAAAAAGGGGCCAGGCCGACCACCAAAGGAUGGCAUCAUGUCCAAACGUGAGAAGGCUGAGAUCAUGCGCCGCAAGAAAGAAGCCGAAAAAGCCAGAAAGUUGGGACUCGAUCCAGAAUCUAUCACAAAGGUUGAUCUCACCCGCCCUCGCGAGAAGAAGGAAGGAGAAGGGAAAUCGGAGAAGAAGCCCAAGGAAGGCACCGAGGGCGAGUCUGCAGGUCCGGAGGGUGACGGACAAGGCGCAGAGAAGAAAUCAGUCAAGAUUUCAAGGCCACUGCGCACACCAUCACCGGAGAUGAAGGAGUCCGAUUACACGGAAGAGCAACUUCAGCGUCCAGCAGCCAACUACGUCGUUCUCAUUCAUGAAGCCAUCUCGAACUCGAAGGAAGGGAAGCUCAAUCUCCAGCAGAUCUACAGUGCCAUUGAGCGAAAGUACCCCUACUACAAGUUCAAGACUGGGACUACAGGCUGGCAGAGCAGUGUCCGACACAACCUUGGUCAACACGAUGCUUUCCGCAAAGCUGAGAAGGAAGGAAAGGGCUGGCUCUGGGCCAUCAAUCCCGGAGUUUCUAUCGAGAAGGAAAGGCGUAAGCGGGUGACCCCUCCACCGCAAGCCCCACCCAGACCUUACUAUCCUGCAAGUCAUCAAUCUCCUUAUGGUAUGCCCCAUGGCGCACCCGGAUAUCAGCACCCUCCUGGUCCGUAUCCUCCAAGGCCGCCGGCAGCUCCUGGUCAAGCAUAUCCAGCAGCGCAACAACGCACCUACCAGUCUCCAUAUGGCUCUCAACCUCUUGGACAAGCAGCACAGCCCGUUCAGCACCGACCGCCGUAUGGGCCUCCCAACAGUGCGCGGCCGCCCUACCCUAGUCCUUACGGAGCCUCGCCCUAUGGGGCCCCACCGGGCGCACCUGCUAUGCCUUACCCUCCAAAUUCGUCAGCAGCACUACCUCCUGGAAGCUCAUAUGCAACGGCCGGCCCAUCGCCUUACGCCACGGCGGGUGCGCCUGCUUAUUCUCCGCCAGCUCACGCGCUGGCUUAUCCGCGUCCACCUCAUCCCACGCAACCGCAACAUGCCCAGCCUGGAACAUCACAGGCCCCGCAGCAUCCUGUACAGCAGAGCGCUACGCCAACCCCCGUUUCUGCAGCCAAUCCGCCUAGUGAACCCAUUCCGCCACGGAAGUCUAAUCUGUAUUCGGACACUGCGCCAUAUGCCCCAAUGCUCAACGGUUUCCGCGAUUAUUACAUCAAGAAUUCUCACACCAUGCUCAAGCGCAAACUGACGCGGGAUGAAAUUAUCAAACUCCUCGAUCGUGGCCUAGAGCGCGCCCUCCACCCAGAGAGGUAUCUGCCGAAGACGGAGGAGGAAAUGGAUGAGACCGCGAAAUUGGAUCUUAAAGACGAAAAAGACAUUGAAGAUGCAGUCAAGGGCAUGCUGAAGAAGUUCAAUUACGGGUAUCUCGUCGAAGAGGCUGAACGGCGAGUUGGAAGGGCACCUACGGCGGGAACGACACCUGCUGGGUCCUUGCAGGCAAACGGAGGUGUUUUGGCUCCAGUACAGAACACCGCGUCAAAUCCGGUUCAUGCUGGUCAGACACCCACACCAGCCCAGAGCACAACGGAUAGCCAACCUGCCCAAGGUCUCUCCAAUGUUCCUGGUGCAAGUGUACACACCACUUCUCCGAGUCAAGCGCCGCCCCAGAAUCAGCGAGCCACCCCGUCGCAGCCAGUUUCAUCUCAGACGCAUAUCGGUGGCUCCGGGCCGGUCAUGGCUUCAGAUGUUGAUUCCCAGCAGAAUUCAACGGACCAGCUAUCCACGGAUACCUCCCCAAAGCUCUCGAUCCCAAACAAUUCCCAGAAUCACUUGCAGACAAGCGCGAACAACACCGCCGAAUCUCAGCCUGCAGCGACUUCGACACCAGCCACAGCGACACCUGUGCCAGUCCCCAAUGCGCAGCGAGUUCAGGCUUCAGUGCCAGCGCAAGUCCUGCCACCACGUGCGAACGGCACGAGCACACCUGUUCCACCGCCGGUUGAAGCGUUGACUCCAUUAGGCGGAAGUCCCAAGCCAGGAACGCCUGUGAACCCAACACCUCCAGCACUUGGGCCUGGGCAAAUUGCAGGUAAACGGCCAUCGCCUGCCCCAAGAACAGUUCCUGAAACCGGCGUCAAACGGAGCCUAGACGGUGAUGCAAUAGGAGAGCAUGAACGUGAGGAGAAAAGGCCAAAGGUUGAGGGUUGA